CGAUAAUAUUUACUCCGGGCUCGCGGCGCGGCGUGUGUGCGUAUCCUAGAGCGGCGGAAUCCUGCUGGCCUGCCGGCCAAAAGUGUAACACGAUUUCAUUCGUGACUGAGAUGUUGAGCUCGUUUGCUCUUCGAGAUGUGAGAGAUGUUAGAUAAUUAAUUACACAACGUGCGAAAAACGUGUAGCGGUGUGUGAACACAAAGUAAACAACGCAAUAGUUCUACAUUGCAAUAGUAAACAUUGUGAAUUGUGAAUAAUUAAUAUUAUCGUGGAAAGUUAUAUGGUUAUUGAGCGUAGAAUAUAAAUAAAAAUGUCUUUGAAGAAAGAAUCUCCAUCGGACAUUCAGUUGCAUUUGGCAGCAAUGAAGGGCGAUCUUCUCACAAUUAGGAAAAUAAUCGACAGCGGGAAAGUCCACGUGGAUUCCCGUGAUAAGGAGAACACGACGCCGUUAAUCUUGGCCGCCGCUAAUGGUCAUUACGAAUGUGUCAAAGAGUUACUGGAACAAGGCUCCGAUGCGGCCGCGCGAAGAGUGACAGGGACAACAGCAUUAUUCUUUGCCGCGCAGGGCGGAUUCUUGGACAUCGUGCAACUGCUGCUUGAGAAUGAUGCACCUGUCGACUCGCUGAGCGUCGACGGCGGAAGUCCGCUCUUCGUCGCGUGCCAAUGCGGACACAUGGACGUCGUCAAGGAGCUGGUGGACCGCGGCGCGCAAGUGAAUGCCCACAUGAAAGACAGAGCCACACCGUUAUUUAUAGCGGCACAGAAUGGGCAUUACAAAAUUCUGCUGUUCCUGUUGGCGCGAGGAGCCGCGCCUGAUUCCCGACGUACUGAUGGAGCGACGCCAUUAUGGAUAGCCGCCCAAAUGGGUCACGAUCAUAUCGUUUCGCAACUGUUGAAAGCUGGCGCACGAGUUGAUUCCGCUAGACAUGAUGGAGCUACGCCUCUCUUCAAGGCAGCCCACAAAGGACAUUCUCAAGUGGUCGGCGCUUUGUUAAAGUAUCGACCAUCGCUUGGACUCCUGCCAAAUGGUGAAAGUGCUCUUCAUGCUGCGGCGCUUGUGGGUUGCCUACCAGUGUGCAAACAACUCGUUGCUGCUGGAGCUGAUCCUUUUCUGAAGAAUCAGGAAGGUUUUCAGCCUGCAGAGUUAGCACUGAAUAACAAACACGCGGCGGUUUCUGAUUAUUUGAAGAACUGUGUGCGACGCACACCAAAAUGACACCGCCGCAAGGAACUAGGAUCAUUUAUCCGCGUUAAUUCGAAUUUAUUGAUUGCUGGCGAUGAUAAUCGUAAGAAUUCUGAUUGUAUUCAAGAUGGCGACGAGUGUGUCCUACAUGGUGCCUCUUGUGCAUCUACAAGCGGCUAGAAAUCACGUUGGAUUAAGAAUCAUAUCGUGUUUGUAUUUAAGAUAAGAAAAUUGUUUAUUGUUAAAGAAUAUAAGUUGAUUGACUGACUGAGAAGUGCCAAACACUUGCUUAAAACUUACAAUUACGUGUUACUGUAAAUUGAAUUAUAUUUUGUUGUUGCGUUUCUGCAUUGUAAGUAUAUUGUAAAUAGUACUUAAUUACUAUUGUAAAGACUAUGAAAACGACGUUUAUUUAUAGUUUAUGACGUCACAUUGUUGAUUCUAAUAUAUAAUAUAUUACCUUAUAAUACUUA